AUGUUCCCCUGGAAGCAGGUGGGGCUGUGGACGUCGCUGAAGCAUGAGGAUAAGAGGGCCCGGAUCACCGAGAUUAAACAGGUCCAGUCGUGGGUUGAGGACCACAUCUACGGCGAUUGGUGGUGGAACUGCUCGCUUAUGGUGGGCACGUGUUUCUUCUCCUGGCUCUUAGCCUCGUGGGGGUUUGGCAUCUCGCUGUUGUUGGUGGUGGGUUUAUUCACUACCUCAGUGUACAAAGCCGAGUUCCGUCGGUUUAACCGUGAUAUCCGCGACGAUAUGGACCGCAACCGUCGCUUCCAGAAGUUGCAGUCCCAAGUGGAGACGAUGGAGUGGCUCAACCAGUUCUUAAACAAGUUCUGGGUGAUCUACAUGCCGGCGUUUUCGGAGAUGGUGAUGUUCCAAACCAACCAGAUUUUGGACGGUCAAGCUCCUGGGUUCGGUAUCGACAAGCUUACCCUUGACGAGUUCACUUUGGGGUCUAAAGCCCCCAGAAUCAACUCGGUAAAGACCUACCCUCUGGCCGCCCACGACCACGUGGAAAUGAUGUGGGACUUUGCCUUUGCUCCCUCCGAUACCCUGGACAUGACGAGAAAGGAAAUCGAUAAGCGUAUCCCGCCCAAGGUGUGUUUGGGUGUUACUAUUGGUAAACUGUUGGUGCUGAAGACGGUACCAAUUCUCGUUGAAGAAAUGCUGAUGACGGGUCGGCUUAAGGUCACCCUCAAAUUGAUGGACAAUUUUCCCCACGUGAAGAUGGUGAGUAUCCAGUUUUUGGAAGCGCCUAAGAUCGACUACGAAUUCAAGCCGAUUGGUGGUGACACCUUAGGGCUCGAUAUCAUGUCGUUUAUCCCUGGGCUUUCGCUGUUCGUUAAUGGUAUCAUCCACUCGACUUUGCGUCCCAUGCUUUACGCUCCCAACUCGAUGGAUAUCAACAUCGCCGACUUUAUCGACGAAAACCUGAACGAUGCCAUCGGGGUGAUGGCCGUCACUAUUCGUAAAUGUGAUGGCCUCAAGCGGGGACCCGACACCAAGCCGAACCUGAUUAACCCUUACGUGCAACUUGGCGUCACCAAUAACGCUCUGAUUGACGAUAGCACUAAGGCUAAAGACCUGACCAACGACCCUAUCUUUAUGGAAACCAAGUAUAUCCUCAUCAACCAAUUGGAAAACAACCACUUGAACUUUAACGUUUACGACGUGGAGAAGGCUAAGGCCGACGACUACCUCAUUGGGACUGCCAGUUUCAAUCUCGCCGAGUUGUUGCAAAAGGACAAGUUUGAAGGGGUGGUGAGAUCGCUUACAGAAGCGGGUAAGACUACUGGUAAAAUUGAGUUUGACAUCAACUGGUUCCCCGUGCUUCCCCCCAUUCUUCGCGAAGACGGUACCAAGGAACGCGAGACUGAUAUCGAAGUGGGUAUUCUCAAACUCCUGCUUCAUGAGGCGACUAAUCUUGAUUUGACGCCGCUGCAGUCGGGGCUCGUGCUGCCGUACGCUGAAAUUUACGUUAACGGUGAACUUGCUCGUGCCUGCCGUAAGUUGGCGCAAACCUCGGAACCGUCGUGGGAAGAGCUGUUUGAAUCGCUUAUUACCAAACAACUGACGUGCUCGAUUCUCGUCACUAUUUAUGACCAAGUUUCCGGCGGGGUGUUGGCCAAAUUAGAAGCCAACUUACAGGAUAUUGUGUUUGAAACCGGGCGUGGUCAACAGUGGUUGGAGUGUGCUCCUCUUUAUAAGCUGGGGGUGAAGCCGCGGAUCAAGAUCUCCGCCACCUGGAAAUCGCUCAGAUUGGACUCGAAGGCCUGGGACACGUUCUACUCCGCCCCCAUCGGUGGAUUGCGGAUCCACGUCCGCGAAGCCAAGGGGCUCAAGAAUCUCGAGCUGGUGGGGUACGUCGACCCGUACUGCAAGGUCAUCGUCAAGGGCCAGGAAAGAGCUCGCACCGUUACCAUCCUGGACACGUUGGAGCCCAACUGGAACAAGGUGGUGUACCUCCCGGUGCUGAACCCCCACAUGCACAUGUUAUUGGAGAUCAUGGACGCCGAAACGGAAAACCCCGACCGCUCUUUGGGCAAUUGUGCUGUCAACGUGUUUGACUUCCUCAAGAAGGACGCUGAAGGCCGGUGGAUGGGCUACGACGGCGCUGAGGACGAAAUCUUGGAACAACCGGUACUUUUGAACGGUCAACCGCACGGCACGCUCUUCUACUCGGUGCUGUUCGUGCCGUGCAUCCCGAUGUACCUGAACGACGAAGCGGCCAACAUUGAACACAUUAAGACUCUUGAAGCCAAGGAAGAAGAGAAGAAGUUGGCCCAACGGGAAGCUGAUAUUGAGAAGAAGAGAAAGGCGCCCGACGACUGGGUGUGGGUGGAAGCCGAAGAUGACUCUGACAGAUCUGCGCCUAAGAUCACCAUGGGCUUGGACCAGGUGAUCAAGUACCGUGGUGGCGUCAUGUGUGUCCACGUGCUUUCGGGUCGUUUUGAGAAGCCCGACCAGUACUUACAAGUUUUGUUUGACGAACACCCGGUGCCGCUGGGAGUGCUGCCGCAAACUGAGGGUAAGGUGUUGCUGCUGGAGUUUAUCGCCGAGGCUUUCAUUCGCGAUUUGCCUAAUCUGAAUGUGGUGUUCCGCUUAGCGAAGAAGGCCAAUGUGACUAAGGAGAAGGAAGUGACCUUGGAGAAGUUGUUCCCCACCAUCGACGUCUUGCAAAAGCUGUACGGCCGCCCCUAUGUGGUGCUGUUAUCCCCUAAGAACCAUGUCCGUCUCAUGACCGACUUCAUCCCCACCGUAUCCAAAUUGCCGCCUCUCGACACCAUCUUGGAUGUCGGUAUCGUCAAGUUGCAAAUCCUCAGCGCCACUGGUUUGCGUGCCGCCGACUCUAACGGUAAGCUGGACCCCCUUUGUCGUAUUGUCGUCAACGGUGCGCUUAUCUACGAAACCGAUAAGAAGCGGAAGACGUUGGAGCCCGAGUGGAACGACGAGUGUGAGGUGCCAUUGCUUUCGCGGCUGCGGGACGUGGUGCUUGUCGAAGUGUACGACUGGGAUUAUACCCACGAAGAUGAGCUUUUGGGGCGGGCCACCGUCGAUUUCAGUGGGCUUGAGCCCCUCACCGACACCCCGUUCCUGGUCAAGCUCGAUACUCAGGGUGAAGUGUUUUUGCGGGCUCUUUUCAAGCCCGAAUACAUCCGUCCGUCGUUGCUGACCAAGGGUGGCUUGCCCGACUUGAACGACAUGAAACUGGCGCUUAAAGCUGGUGCCGGUGCUGCCGCCGGGGCUGCGGCCAACGUCGGGGCCACUGCUGGUGGUUCCGCCUACGGUGCUGCUCUGGGCGCCUCUGACCUGGCGGCGGGCAUGGCUCGUGACGGUAAGCUGAUCUUCAAGAAGUUCAUCCACAACCGCAAGAGCGAGGAGAGAGCUGCCGACAUCGCCAAAGCGGAGGAAGAAGAAGAAGACAAGGAUCAGGAGAAGAAGGCCGAAAACGAGGUCGGCCUCACCGACGCCGAAAAGAAGGUGUUGGAACAACAAAAGGGCAAGAAGGGGAAGAAGGUGGCGCUGAACAUCGACUUUGGCGAGCGGCCCGAGAACUCGUUGCCCAACAUCCGUCCCGAAAACUUACCGCCGCCGCAACGGCCCGGGGUGCCUGGCUUGGCUGCUGUUACUAGUGAUCCUGCUUCUACGGUUCGUGGCCACCAGCGCACGCCUCUGGGAGCAACGCUGAUGUCGCUGUACGCGACGCUGAUGCACGGCGACGAUGCCAUCCCCGGGAGAGUGACGGUGGUGAGUGUCGCCGGAUUUGAUAACGUGGGCCAAGUUGACGUUAAAGUCGAGCUCCGCACGCUGACACGGGAGAAGGAGCUUAUCAGGCUGAGAGGUUAUCGUCGCGGUAAGGACCACAUGUUCCAGAUCAACGAGCUGCUGCCGUUCCGCCUGACCACCGACGGGGUGUUGGCGUUCUCGGUGAGAGAACACCACUCGUUUGGCCGGUCGCAAUUAUUGGCUGAAGGUGAAGUUAAAUUGGAGACGGUGAUCAACACCAACGAACACGCCAUCAUUAAGGUUGAUGGUGGUGAGAUUAAGACGCUGAUCAAAUACUUCAGCACCUUCGUGUAG